AUGGCGACAGACAUUGCUGGUGGCAGCAUUGAAAAAGCCACUGUGGUCAUGGAAGCGUCCAACCACAACGAUGAAGACCUUAACCUUCCCCUUGCAGCAAAGCGCCGUAUCAGAUAUAUCGACGAUGACGAAGAGAAUGGUGGUCCAUCUGCCGCCACCGAUAUUGGCCAUCCGUUAAAGAGGAGGGGCUCUACCUACUCUGUGCAUUCACUCUCCAGCGUCCGCAGUGGACGACGGAUCGUUGAUCCAUCCGUCAUCCUCCCAGUUCAGUACCGCACGCUCAGCUACGAUAUCACCCACGUCAAGGCAAUCGAAAGUGCAAAGAACGCCAGCGAGAAAGCCGCAAUUGAUGUUGGAGGUCUUGAGUGGCAUCUACUCACCCCUCAAGAAAUCUGCGUCCGGUUGAAUACUUCAACAGAUACCGGGCUCUCACUUUCCGCCGUGAAAGAGAAGAUUGCAGAGCAUGGCCGCAAUGUGCCCUCCCCUCCACCCUCGAGGUUGGCCCAGAAGCUUUUCGGUUACUUCUUCGGAGGGUUUGGCUCUAUUUUGCUGGGUGGCAGCGUCCUCGUCUUUGUCUCUUGGAAGCCUUUGGGCGAACCGCCUGCUGUGGCCAAUCUUGCACUAGGAAUCGUGCUGGCGGCCGUUUUCUUCAUCCAGGCUGCUUUCAAUGCCUGGCAGGACUUUUCGUCGUCCAGGGUCAUGAAAAGUAUCACUGGCAUGCUGCCUGAAGCGUGCUGUGUUCUGCGCGAUGGAAGCAAGCACACAAUUCAAGCACCAGACGUUGUACCCGGUGACAUCCUCUACUUCAAAGCGGGCGAUAAGCUGCCAGCCGACAUUCGUUUCAUCGAUGUCUCGACGGAUGCCAAGUUCGACAGGAGCAUCUUGACCGGAGAAUCGCUUCCGUUGGCUGCUGUCAAUGAGUCUCACGAGCCCAACUAUCUCGAGACAAGAUGUAUCGGCAUGCAAGGCACUCACUGUACCUCCGGCAGUGGUGUCGGCAUUGUGGUGUCUACUGGCGACAACACGGUCUUUGGCCACAUUGCUAAACUGACCAGCCAGCCUUCAACUGGCCACUCAAAUCUACAGAAAGAAGUGCUGCGCUUCGUCUUCAUCAUUGUUGGCCUGAUGGUCUUUAUGAACAUCAUCGUCAUUGCGGUCUGGGCAGGGUACAUACGACAAGCACACCACAACUAUAUCAAUGUGCCAACUCUCAUUGUUGACAUCGUCAGUGUCGCCAUUGCGUUCGUCCCUGAGGGCUUACCCAUUGCUCUAACAGCGUCGCUCACGAUCACGGCCAAAAUCAUGAAGAAGAACAACAUUCUCUGCAAGUCGCUGAAGACAGUUGAGACUCUGGGCUCUGUCUCCGUCCUCUUAUCCGAUAAAACCGGAACGUUAACAAAAAACCAAAUGGUGGUGACCGAUUGUCUCGUUGGAUUUAGCACCAUGACCGCGGAAGAAGCAUCUCAGGAGAUGAUAACGGAGGAUAACCACAGCACGUCGAAGAAAGCCGCACUUCAACAACUGCGCGUGCUGUCAGCGGUAUGCAAUGCUGGAGAGUUUGAUCCAACCACGAUUCAUCUCCCCCUGGCCCAAAGAAAAAUCAUCGCGGAUGCAACCGAUCAAGCUAUUCUGCGACUCUCGGAAAGUCUUGGUCCUGUCACGCAGUCCCGCGACAUGUGGUGCAAGAGAUUCGACCUGGCCUUCAACUCCAAGAAUAAAUUUGCAUUGAGGGUCGUUUCUCCCGAGAACGCGGAGGCGGUCGCAGCGACAAUGAGUGUCUCUGAGGUGAAGUCUUUUCGCGCUGAGAACGAUCUGCUGUUGAUGAUCAAAGGUGCCCCUGACAUUCUUCUUCCCAGAUGCUCGAGAUAUGUCGGAGAAGAUGGUGGCGUCUACCCUGUGGAUGACGACGUCCGAUCAUCCAUGGAAGCGAUCAAAGAUGCUUGGUCCAGUCAGGGCAAACGGGUCCUCCUCCUAGCCCGCAAAUCUCUUCCCGCAAGUAUGUUGCAAUCGGCUCCCAAUGACAAUACAUUCGAGGCUGAGGCCCUACGACACGCCGGAGAUGGACUCACUCUGAUAUCCAUGGUUGGGAUUGUUGACCCGCCCAGGGAUGAAGUGCCGAGUGUUAUCCAGACCCUUCGUCGUGCAGGCAUUCGCACAAUGAUGGUCACUGGCGACUUCAAGCUGACGGCCCAAGCCAUCGCUCGGUCAUGCGGUAUCAUCACCGUGCCCGACAGUGAAAUCCAUUCGGUUGAAAACCUCCCUCGCCUUCCCCCCACAGACGUCGUGGAGGAGAAGCGCCAGAAAAAGUCGAAUCGGCUGCCCUCGGAAAACAAGGCGAUUGUGUUGUCGGGUCCCGACCUGUUGACACUCCUACCACACCAAUGGACCACACUUACGACUCAGUACAGCGAGAUUGUCUUUUCACGCACGACACCGGAUCAAAAGUUGCGCAUCGUCAGGGAAUUCCAGUCCCAAGCUUAUGUUGUGGCCAUGACUGGCGACGGUGUCAACGACGCACCCAGUCUCAAACAAGCAGAUAUCGGUAUUUCGCCGGCUUCUGGGUCUGAUAUUGCGAUCGAAGCAUCCGAUAUGGUCCUCCUGGGCUCGUUCUCUGCCAUUCCGGAGGCCGUCAUGUAUGGGCGCGUGGUUUUCGACAACCUCAAGAAGACCAUAGCAUAUCUUCUGCCUGCUGGUUCAUUUUCGGAGUUCUGGCCUGUGAUGACGAGCGUCAUCUUCGGUCUCCCUCAAGUCCUUUCCAGCUUUCUCAUGAUAGUCAUCUGCUGUUUUACCGACUGUGUCGCCGCUACCAUGCUAGCGUACGAGAAGCCGGAAGCCAAUGUCAUGCUGCGGCCUCCGCGGGACAUCCACAAAGAUCGUCUCGUAGAUUGGCGGCUAUUGCUUCAAGCAUACGGCUUGGUCGGUAUACUGGAGUCGGUCUGCUCGUUCGCAAUGAGCUUUUGGUACCUACAACGCCAUGGCCUUUCCUUUGGUACGCUGUGGUUCUCCUUCGGCAAUAUUCCCACUCCAGCAGGCCAGACCGAGGACGACGUGGCGUAUCAUUUGACCGUGGCGAGCUCCAUCUACUUUGUCACACUCGUGGUGAUGCAGUGGUUCAAUGUCAUGGCCCUGCGAACCCGCCACCUUUCCAUCUUCUCGCAUCCACCCAUUUUCAAUCCCAAGACUCAGAACUUGCUGCUUCUCCCAGCCAUUCUCUUUUCGCUCGCCAUCGCACUGGUAUUCACUCUUGUGCCUGGCAUAGACUAUCUUGGCUGCGAGAAAGUCCCGGUCGAACACUGGUUUAUUCCCAUGACGUUCGGCAUUGGACUCUUGAGUUUGGAUGAGUUGAGGAAAAUGGUCGUGAGAAAAUAUCCAAAAGGUAUCCUAGCGAAUAUAGCAUGGUGA